UCGACUAACUGGAAACACUCGAAGAAACAGAAGAAACGCCGAGAGCCGAAUCGAGAUCGCGGUACCCGGGAAUUAAGUUUUUUUUUUGAUGUACAGAUUUUCUCCGGCACAGAGGCUGUAAGUGUCGGCUAUACGCUGUGAAAUUGUCAGCGGGGACAUUGGCAGCGUUAUUUCGUCUCUAUAAGGAAAUUGUGCGGCUGAGAAAAGAUCGUUAUCAGCCGUCCUAUUGGUGCUUAAUGGAAACGCGCAAUCAUAAAAAAUGGUUGCAUUUGGAGAAUAUCCGUGAAUGCGAUCGUCUCCUUCCGACAUCGGUACGUCAGAGGAGACACCUCAGCUAGCUGGACUCCGGGUUGGGUGUGAAGUCUUCACUGUGCACCGUGUGCUGCUGGAGUGAAGGUGACUUGCGCCCCGUCGCAGUCAAGGCAAUGCGGAGAGGAGUCGCAGGCGCUCAUCCGGUACUUUUCCUGCGCUCUGCUCGUCUGGGAAAAUAUUUGCUCCCUCUCCCACACUAGAGGGGAGGAACGUGAGGGAUAGACAUAGUAAUAACAAUAAUUGAGGUUCAACCCAGCCAGUAGUUGGCGAAGGUGAAUUGAGCGUAAACGGAGGAGAGAAUAAGGUGAACAGUAAGGUGCUGGGCGGUAAGGCAGGAAGAGAGAAAGUGGUGGAGUUUUGGGGGGGGGGAAUAGACAAGACAAACCGUUCUGUAUUAGGGCUGUUUUAUUAGUGGAUGUGUAUGCAUGAGUUCUGCAUCGAAUGGGCGCAAAAACCGCCCCAGAUCCGCCGGGAACAUCUUCCAGAUCGGCAAACCUCCUUACCGAGACCCACAGAGGAGGGAGAGCACCGAAAGUACCCGCAAAGCCCAGCGCGCCGUGGCCGACUGCAGAAUGAUCGUCCAAGAAUUCAAUACACUUGUGGCUCUGUACCGUGAACUGGUCAUCUCCAUUGGCGAAAUCACUGUCGACUGUCCCUCUUUACGGGCCGAAAUGCUGAAGACGAGAACUAAAGGCUGCGAAAUGGCGAGAGCCGCACACCACAGUCUCUCCUUGAUAUCGGGGCCAGAGGACGGGGAGAUCCACCCUGAGAUCUGUAGACUGUUUAUCCAGCUGCAGUGCUGUCUGGAGAUGUACAUCACUGAGAUGCUCAAAUCCGUCUGCUUGCUGGGCUCCCUGCAACUCCACAGGAAAGGUAAGGAUUCCUGUGGCCCCACUGGGGUCGAUAGUAAGAUCGAGGAGAGCUCAGACAUCCCAAUCCUGGAGGACACCUCUUCCUCCCCCACUGACUGUCCUCAGCUCUGCUGGCUUGUGGCCACUGACAUAGAAAACAUAGAAAAGGAUAUGAGGGAGAUGAAGAACCUUCUCAGUAAACUCAGGGAGACGAUGCCUUUACCAUUGAAGAACCAAGAUGAUAGCAGUUUGCUGAACCUGACUCCCUACCCACUGGUCCGACAGAGGAAGAGGCGGUUCUUUGGGCUCUGUUGCCUGGUAACCAGCUAAGGGCCCCGCCUUCGUGGGUAGGAGGCGGCAACAAAGACACCAUUACCCACUGUCCUUCACCACUUGUGUCUCCCACCAAUCUAUUACUGCCAUUUUCAAAUAAAUUGUCUCUUUCUCUUUUCUCUUUUUUUUUAAAGGCUGCCCAUUUUAUAAUUUUAUUUUGUAAUACAAAGAAGAAUUGUAAUUGCAAUGUAAUGAAAACAAAAGUCAUGAACAUAUAUUUUAAGAUAUUUUGCAACAGAUUUUCCCUUUUUUGGUAAAUGAAGUCAGAUACCUGCUUGUCCAAUGUAAAAGAGAAUGAGAGGUCAUUUGAAAAAAAAUGUCAAUGUUCAAUUACUUCCACAAACCUGAGUGAAUGAAACAAGGAUUUGUGUUUUUAAAAAAGGGGAUAUAAUUGUCUGUUUUUGUCAGAAAUAAUGUGUAACUUAUGACCAGACACCAUCCAAAUGUUUAAGGAUGGUACUUGCAAAGACAAAGUUAUACCUUCGUCUGUCUAAGCUGAGAUGACAGGUUUGUGCAGAGUGAGUUUGUUGUGUAUUACAGUCUCUGUUUUCUGUUUCUUGCUGUUUUUUCUUCUUAAUGUACUUAAUUUAGUCUUCCAUAAACCAAGAACCUGUACCCAACUUUAACUUUCCAGCUUCAAAAUGGAAUAUAUGAAACAAUGCUCAAAAAAGAAAACUUCUUUGCACACAAUAUCUAUCUAUAAAUUGAGACAUUAGACUUGUAUAUACACAUACUCUUUACGCAAUGCUCUCUGAAUUAUUUUCAAAGUUGGAGUUGGUUAGCAAUGAAUCUGCUGGUUUGUAUAAGCAGGGAGAAUCUCCCUCUGUCUGAGGCAGACAUUGCAGACAGAGGGCAGGAAGCAUGGGUCUUGCUUAUUAAUGAUAGUGAUCAAUGUUUAGGGCACGGUAAAGGUACAGUAGUCAAAGCUGA